AAUGCAUUGCCCACUGUAUGGAAACAGCAAACGAAACAUCAAAUCCAUUGGAUUUGUAACGAAUUGAAUUGCCCUCUGAGACUCUGUGAAGAUAACAACUGGAUGCCAUCUGCGUCGCUCUGGCCAUGGGGAAGUCGUCAUCAGGUGCCGCACGGCCCAGAUCACCAAGCCGAGCUACCAUCUAUCAAUCGCUCAACGUACUCAUUGACUUCCCCUUCUCCACAGGGAAAACCACCUCCAACAUGCCACGGUGACUCCAUGCCAUGCGCCCCGUCGCCCCGCAACCCGCCGUCUCACCCUAUGCUGUUGCUUCCUCACCAAACCCUUGCGGCCGCCGAAUGCAAUGCACCGCAUCAAUGGAGCCCCUUCCUCGCAGAGCACUUCCACCCCCACGACCUCGAGCUUGCGUCCGCGCGCCCGCCGCCUGAUUUCCAUUGAAGAUGAGUACAAUCCUGUUGAGGGAAGCGACACCGGCAGCUCCACGCUAGGCUCGAGAGCUGCGUCCCCCAUCCCCCGCUCUCACCCGUCACGACCUCCUACCACCUCGAAUGCACCUUCACCGGGUCCCAAAGCGUUGCGGGAUACGUCGGCUAGACUUUCAGGCCUCUGGGGUAAUUCAUGGUCCGCCCUUCAGGGUCUGGCUACGACUGUGCUUGGGAAUGAAGGCGAAACGGCUCCAAGAGAUCCGAGUGGACGAAGGCGGAGACCGCUGUGGGACACACAUAGACGGACUGUGAGCAAUGCGCCGCCAAAAACAUGGGGACCUUCGGCCUCUGCGGCAGUAUCCAUCGGCGCAGGCACACAGGAGGACAGGGAGAGCAUGAUACGGGCACUAAAACGUAAGGACUUGCUGUCCCGUAGUGAGCAGCUUGCGACGGAUUCGGUUGGACGCAUAAAGAGAAGGAACUCGGAUGAUCGGGCCAGCUCCUCAGCACCUCCAGGGGAGAAUGAGGAAAGGGAUGCGCUUGUGUAUAUCCACCACGUGCGGCCUCAGGACACGCUGGCCGGAGUUGCCAUCAAGUACAGCUGCGAUCCCGCGACGCUGAGGAGGGCAAACCGUAUGUGGCCCAAUGACAGCAUACAGACGAGGGAGGUCGUGGUGCUGCCUGUGGAUGCCUGCGGCGUCAAGGGCCGUCCUGUUCCUGGCCUGGAUAUGCAUCAGGAGGACCUUCUGCUGGACAGUGAUAUGGCCUCGUCGAAGAAGCCGACAUAUGACGAAGCUUCUCCCGAUGGCUUGGGCUCCCCUCUGGGGCCAACUACUGGAAAUGCGCUCAUCCCUUCAGUCUCACACUCCAACACAGAAACAGAAUCACCCUGGAAACAUGACUCCUGGGUGCUUCUUCCAAACGACACUAAACCCACCGAGAUUGGGCGCAUGCCCCGCAGAACGCUGGGAUUCUUCCCACCAGCCCGGCGGAAGUCGCUCGCGUAUUCAGAUGCUUCUGCAUCGCGUCCUUCAUUCGAUGUACCCAGGUCCUCAACAUCGACGGAUCGUCCCAAUGCAGUCUCUUCUCCCAGCCAGAGUGUCAGUAAUACCCGAUAUGCCUCCAGAACGAGCUCCACGUCGGACCUCCGUGGCCGUCAAAGAAGCGGCUCGAGCGGUUUUAUGCUUCAUGGGCCUGGCGGUGUCGGGACAUUGGGCAAGAAUGUCAGGAGCCCUGGCCCUGCACAGGAUGGACUGAACAAACUGCUCGGUCCGCAUCUUCCCAAUGUGGCGCCGCCACCAGGCCAGGAAUACUUCACCCCGUGGGCUCCCUCGUUGCUUGAAGUAGACUCCGGCACCUCCGUCCAGCACAGUGGUUCGGGUUCGCGAACACCGCUCAGCGGCGCUGGCCUCGAUUUCCAGGAGAUUGGAGGGGCGAUUGAGGGAUGGGUACGCAAGGUGGGCUCUCAAGCAAGCAAGCUGCUAUCGGAACCGAGCACGCCGGGGCGAGGCAGACGCAGCGCUAUCCCAGUCCUGGGGACGGUGGGUGGGGACAUUGGGGAUCUGAUUGAGCUGAGAGAUGAUGCCUUCGAGGUCGAUGCUCAGGACAGUCUAGCGCGAGGGCGGUCUCCCGCGGCAGGUUCCUUGACACCAACGACGCAGCAGUAUCAGAGCGCGAGGCCGGAGUUGAACCUCGCGCUGCGAGAUAGAGCGCGGAAGGGGGAAGAGGGUACGAAGGGAGAUUAGAGGGUCAAGGAAUGCACUGGUAUUGGAGGUUUCCAGGUGCAUUUCUGGUGGCAUUGUAUUUAGCUAGCAUGCGUGCAGCGUUUUGGGGAACAGCGCGUUUGGUGUUUGGAGUUUGCAUGUCGUCCGUUUUCGUUUUUGUGGUACUUGCGUUGUAUACCUGCAUAAGGCAUAUACACCAUUGCGCUUUUUCAGACUGGAUACCGAUAGCGUCGAUCAAUUG